AUGUCCGACUCCUCCAACUCCACUGCUGCAGCCGCAGCAGCCGCGGCGGCGGCGGCGACGGCGGCCUUCCCUCACAUCCCCGUCGGCGACACUCUCGGCGCGUGGCUCAUCGGCGUGUGCAUCAGCUACCUGCUGCAGGGCAUGCUGUUCCAUCAGGCGUUCAAGUACUACAUGACCUUCCACAAGGACAGGUGGGUCCUUAAAGCAUGGGUUGCGGUGGUUUUGGUGCUUGAGACGUUGGCCACGGUGUUGAUCACACAUACUGCAUACUUCUAUAUGGUGACCAAAUACUGGGAGCCAACGUACUUCUUCGUCUCCCCGACGGUUUGGUCUCUCAAUGUCCUCCCUCCACCUGCCGCCCUCGCGGCCUUCAUCUCCCAGAGUUUCUUCGCUCGCCGGUUAUGGCUAAUUGCGCCCAAAUUCCGGAUUCUUGUCGCCGUCGCAAUGGUCCUGAUAGCAGGCAACGUCGCGUGCUUCUCCGUGCUGGCGGCCACGAUGUUCAGGUCGGCCACACUCUCGGAGUGGCUCCAAUACUCGUGGCUCGCAACACUAGGGUCCUCGAUCCAAGUGACCGGGGAUUUGUCGAUCAGCGCCGCGUUGGUCUAUACCCUGCACACGAGCAGGACAGGCAUCAGCGUUUCGCCGAAAAGGUUAUAA